AAUUUGGCAUGUGCAGGUACGAUGUGGCUUUGAAUUCAAAUGCCUUAGGAGCCAAAAAUGUAUGCGAGUUUGGAAAGAAGUGUUGUAAUAUGAAACUCUUACUUCAUGUUUCAACAGCUUUUGUAGCUGGUACCCAAGAAGGGUUGCUGCUUGAGAGAGCUUUCCAUAAUGGUGAAACACUAAGAGAAGGUUACUACUUGGACAUUGAAGAAGAAUUACAAUUGGUUAGGAAUGUGAAGACAGAACUCAUGGAAGCCUUGAGUGAUAGUUCAGAAAAAUUAGAGAAAUCUAAAAUGAAGGAACUUGGCUUAAAGAGGCCAUACAAGCGACUCAUGUAUAAGACCGGAAAAAAUCAAGAUGCUAAGAUGUUCCAUGUGUUAGCUUGGUGUCUGCCUCCAGGUAUGAUGUUGAUUAUUACUUCUUACUAUAUUUUUUAAAGCCAAGAAAAUUCAUCACGAUCACAACAAAAACAAUAUGAGUGAAUCAACGGCCAUAUACAAAAUAUGGAUAUGAAUCCAUGAAUUCAAAACAACACAAACCUAGUAUUUUUAAAAACUAGCGUUACAUCUAGUUUAGCAAUGAUGCAUAUUGUGGAUUUACGACAUUGCUCAAAAAGUAUUCCACCUCAAGUAUCUCAUAGGAUCAUAUUUAUAUAAAAAAAUAUAAUCAUAACAUUAGGGAGAUAGAAAAGAGUGUAUAAUUGUACCACAUUUCUUAACAAAAAAAACUAAUCUAUAUGUAAUAAUAAUGGGAGCAAACUUUGUUAGUUCUCCAUAUAUCACCCCUCUAUAACCAUUAAUUUCAUGUUAACCAUAAUGAUUGAUGGCCGACAUAUCUCCGCUUUAUAUUAUUUUUAUUUUCUUAUAAAAAAAGUAAUGUUCCCUAUACGUCCAUUUUUUCUUCAAGAACGGACCAAUUGACAAGGAUCGUUCAAUCGGUUCCACCAAAAAUAUUGGUCGAUCAAUCGGCUCCACCAAAAAAAAUUGAUCGACCUUGACUAGGAUCGUUCGUAACCUGCACCG